GCGUGAGGAUCGAGGUCUGGGCAUCACAAUUUCCUUCUCUUUCCCGCCAUCAUGCAGUGGAAGCUGUUCGUUCUCCUCGGUUUGGUUGCCAUGGCAACAGCCCGCCCCGAUGGCAUCCUUGAUCUCGUGUUCGAUACCUUUAGUCACGACCAAGACUUCGACGACCAAAAAGUGUUCGGUUCCUACAGCUGGCGAUCUCCCGACGGCACCGAAUACUUCGUGAAAUACGUGGCGGACGAUGAUGGCUACAGAGUCCUCGAGUCCAACGCCGUUCCUGUGAGCGUGGGCGGAGUCUUCGCUAACGGACAGCAGGGGGCGUUCCUCUCCUCGGAAGAGUUUGAUUUCGAUGAUAGGAAGUGAGGAGGAAGGGAAGGAAGAAGGGGGGAAAGUGAGGAGGAAGGAAGGGUAGAGGGGGGAAAGUGAGGAAAG